GGGUGGGGAGCUCUGUGAGUAUCCGAGCCAGAGAAAGAGGUGAGUCGCCCAGGACGGAUUGGAGCCCCCGAGAGCUGGGCGCGGCGGAGGCCCCAGCGCUGGCAUCCCUGUUGGUGUAUGUGCGGUAACAAUAUGUCUGUCCCCCUGCUCUCCGACGCUGCGACUGUUUCAGGAGCUGAGCGGGAGACAGCAGCGGUUAUUUUUUUACAUGGACUUGGAGACUCAGGGCACAGCUGGGCUGAUGCCCUUUCCUCCAUCCGCCUUCCCUACGUCAAGUACAUCUGUCCCCAUGCCCCUCGGAUCCCGGUCACACUGAACAUGAAGAUGGUGAUGCCUUCCUGGUUUGACCUGAUGGGCCUGAGUCCUGAUGCCCCGGAAGAUGAAGCUGGGAUCAAGAAAGCAGCAGAGAGCAUCAAGGCCCUGAUUGAGCACGAGGUGAAGAACGGAAUUCCAGCCAAUCGAAUCAUCUUGGGGGGCUUCUCCCAGGGUGGAGCCCUGUCCCUCUACACAGCUCUCACCUGCCCGCAUCCCCUGGCUGGCAUCGUGGCCCUCAGCUGCUGGCUCCCCCUGCAUCGGGCCUUCCCUCAGGCAGCCAAUGGCACGGCCCGGGACAUGGCCAUCCUGCAAUGCCAUGGGGAACUGGACCCCAUGGUGCCCGUGCGCUUUGGCGCCCUCACCUCCGAGAAACUCAAGUCUGUCGUUCCUCCAGCCAAGGUGCAGUUUAAGACCUACCCGGGUGUCAUGCACAGCUCCUGUCCUCAGGAGAUGGCAGCUGUGAAGGAAUUCAUUGAGAAGCUGCUGCCCCCCAUCUAACAGGACCCGGCCUGCCCCCCCUUCCCCCAGGUGGGGCUGGAGGGGCCCUCAGCAGUGUCUGAUCUCUGAACGUGAAGCAGAAGCCAUGGCAGCCCCUCCCCUACCCCUGGGUCUUUGAGGUCGUAGGAGGAUUGGGCCCCUCCCCCUUGGAGAUCAUCUUCCUAGCUCCUGUCCCCAUCCCUGUCUCUUUCCCUGUCCUGUCGCUGUCCUGGGAGGCUGUGGAUAAAGGGUGCAGGCUCCUGUC